AUGCCAGAGAUGCUUGGACGUGCAGUAUACCAGCCCACGACCCUGGCCAACAUGGCCGACUCUCAUCAAGCCCUGUCUCCGCUGGACCAGAGCCAGGCACUUAAUGCCACUGACGACGACUCCUCUAUCCCCACAUACUACUUCGCCGCUAGGUAUUCUACCUCUUCAGUAUACCUACCGAACCCUGCCUCGCCUGUCAGUGUUGUCGACGACUUCCCUACACCCAAGGCACGCUUGUUCGACAUGACCCCGCAGCUGUCGCCACGCUUUCCUGUUCACUCGGCUACAUACCCCCCAGUAAACCGGGUGAGUCGUGCAGAAAGCGACUUCGAUUCGCUCUACGAUAUUACAGACGAUGAAGCCGAGGUGCCUCUCCACGCAUCGGCAUCAGUCAAGAAACAGCUUGCAUCACUGCCCAAGCAAAGACGCUACCCAUCAAUCGUUAUUCCAUCGCCGUCGGCAUGGCCAACAAUUGAGAAGCUCAAGAGCGCAAACUCGGCCAUGCCUGUUACCCCUUCACUGCUAUUGACACCUUCUCGUCGUUUCCUUGAGAUGAUUGAUUCACAUAACCUACAUGUACCAGAGCGCUCAGCUGCACCUUCACUGGACGGUAGCCUCACUUCCGAAGAGAUGGACAAGCUCAGCUGUCCGGCUACCCCAAUCUCACAACAGAGGCGCGACUCAUCCUCGAGCCUCGACUCCUGGGGCCCCGUGCAGUUGGAUCUGCAAGCCAUGGAGACACUUCAACACCUGGGAAACUCGCCAGCUACAGAGCAGUACGAGGAGCCUGUGCCCCAACCAAUUCAACCAGCUGAGCCUAGAGGCGAGAUGCAGGAAGUCUCUCGGCCUAGCCUUGGCCUGAGCAUUCCUUCGACAAUAUUCGGACGUGGGUCCUCUGGUAGUACACCCAUUUCUGCCCUCUCAGUUCCAUCGCCAGGUGGCUUCUUCUCCUCGCUCCAGGCAAACGCUCGCCACACAUGGAGUAUCCCGAAGCGACAAGAGUCGAUCCCAAAUACUUCCACUGCUGAGAAAUUUUACAACCUGCCAUGGGAGAGGGAGAACCGAAGGAACACUUCUCCCCAUCCAAGGCCAGCUGUGCCAGCUCUUCCACGACGCAACUCCACUUUGGCCGGAUCUACUCUCGACGGCUACGACGAACCAUUGCCCACCUCCCGGCCAGUAAUUCUCAGUCCCACUGAUGAGAAUGUAGAGAUCAAGGAGAUCAACCCCAGCAACACCAUCUUCCAAUACAACGAAAACUAUAUCGCAGAGCUCCAGAAGACUUCUUCUGCUAAUCUCGAGAUGACUGGUCGAUGGUUGGAGGAGCAGGACGAAUUGCAAGCUGCGCUUCGAGACAUGAACGACAUGAGCUCACCCACUCUCUCCAGCGGAACUCACAGCCGUGACAAUUCCAUCGAGAAGACAAUCGUCAAGAAGUCUGUCAAGUUCGCCGAUGAGCCUGUCAAGACGCCAGUAGAAGAGUCGGCUGAUAAGCCCGUUCUGACCUAUGUGCAAGGCCUCGAGUACCUCCGCUCUCGAUGCCAAAAGAAGGACACCUUCAUCCACCGCCAGACCCGCGCCGAGGCUCUGCAUGUACAGCGCCGCUGCAGCCCUUUGGCCCACCGCGACCAGCUCCUCGGCAAGUUUGAGCUUAGCCAGCCAGAUCGUCCAGCGCCACCACGCCCCGUGUCCGAGUUCUUCGUCAAUGAUCCGACUGUGUUGAAGGAGAGGAUCGCACGUGCACAGAUGGAGCGUCAGGCACUUGAUCAGAUGCUACCUAUUCAUUGGGUCCUGCAAGCACAGAAGCAACUCAAUGGCGGGAAACUACUGAGCAAGCCGGCUGUGCGAUGCAUUACGCGCGCGAGUGCGCCACGUAUUCUCGAUGUAGGUGGUGUUGCUACAAACGAUUGGGCGUGGGAUGUUGCGUACGACUACCCAUACGCCACAGUAACCACAGUGUACACUGCUGGUAACAACAUGUCGUCCAAUGUUGCAGGUCCAGACAACCACAAGCACCUCACUGUGCCCAACCUGUGGACUUUGCCCUUCCCCUCGGGUCACUUCGACGUCGUCUCGGCGCGCACGCUCUAUGAGCUUCUCAAGACAAGCAAGCCCGUAGGGAAGUCAUCGGACGAGUAUGACCUCUGCUUGAAAGAGUGCUACCGCUGCCUCAGGCCUGGUGGCAUCUUGGACUUUUCCUUGAUGGAUGCUGAUGUCGUCCAUGCUGGUCGCAACGCUCAAGCCAUGGGUGUCGAGUUCGGAUUCAACCUCAAGACACGGGGAUAUGAUGCCCAACCUACCAAGACAUUCCUCCCUCGUGUAUCCAAAGCAGGAUUCAAGGAAGUGCAAAGGGCUUGGAUGCUCUUGCCCAUGGGCAGGACAGCAGCCAACUGGCGCGAAACACUCGCUGUCGGUGCCGGACCAAAGUACCAAGAGAGACGGAUCGCCGAAAACGGCGAGAUUGAACUUGAGGAUGCGCCAGUUUUCGGAACCACUGUAGAUGCAGCGAUGAUGACAGGUAUUGUCGGCAGUUGGGCAUGGGAGAGGUGGAUGUUGAGAUUGCAGAUGGAGAUGGGCAAGGACGAGGAGAAGCUACUGGAAGGAGUCAUCAACGUGUUCGAGGAGGGUUCACAGAGCAAUGCAGGAUGGCGCACUUUGACUGGCUGGGCUAGGAAGUAAUGAGGGGAUUUGUGGAUAUUUAUGAGAUAUAGGUGUUCUGGAUGGGAUGGACAAUUUUGGUACUGGGUGGACUAGACUGGACUGGCGCGAUACUGGACGAUGCGUAGUUGAUACCACAUGACAAACUUUCUUUUGUACAGCGUAUGAGGAUAGUGUCGAUCACAAAUCUAUCUGAUGUCCUC